AAUUCAGUUGCUUUUGGGUAUAUGAAUGAAACGUUGUGGUAUCAGAGCGGAUACAUUAAAUUUGUCAAAAAAAAAAAAAAUUCUAAAAAAAUAACAGAAUGGAAUGGUUAAGAAACACUUUAUGUAUUGCCGUACAACCCAAACAGAAUUUUCAUUUUCGUUACCUGAGUGAACUGAAAAGCACCCAUGGUGCUCUAAUUGGACAACAACCACAGAGUAUAGCGCAUCAGGAUCGAACAAGCACAACUCCCCUUGGGAGUGAUCUUUCACCCACCAUUAGGUUACAACUGCCAGCCAAUGCCCAUCUGGACGACUAUCAGAAUAAACGCGACUUCUAUGUGCUGUGCUCACUUCACAGUUAUGCAAACAAUGAACCCUACUCACUCUCACCACAUUUGCUGAUGCCAAAAGGAGAGACAGAGGAAAGCUAUGAUUUUAUAUUCGCCAAAAUGGAUGAGAAUCCCUUGGAUCCAUGCGAAAGAACCUGGCAAUUAAAGGAUUACGUAAUUGUCCGGCUUAAAACGGGUAACAAUUUUGAGAACUAUGAAAAAUCGUUGCUCCAGAAGAAAACUCAUUAUGAAGAUUUGCAUCUCCCAAUGGUUUUUGAUGGACUUAAUGGAAAUAUGGACAUGAAUGACAAGCGAAGCGUUAAAUUAAGUGGCGUUUUAAAUGUCUGCUUGGGUUUCACCAUUUUCGAAAAGGACUUCUAUCAAAACAGCUACAGUCUGUACAAGGAGACUAUCUAUUCGCAUAACAUCUUUCAUGGCGAUGACUUGAACAUUCAUCAUUUGUGCAAUACCAAGGGUUCAGUUAGCGGUGGUCUCAACGUAACACUUCUCAUGAAACUCUAUUCGGGCUAUGAUUACAAUAUACACAUGGUGUAUCUGGAUCCGAUAACUGGAGCUACCAUCUGGGAGCAUACACAACCCGUAAAUCCCGAGAAAAUAUUUAGCAAUGCAGCCAUAACAUUCGAGUUGCCCACGGGUCCCGACGUACCUGAUGUCGAAGAAUUCAAAGUGCAUUUGGAGGUUGUGGUGGGCCAGAGUACCUAUAAAAGUCAAGCGGUACCAUUUUUCUAUCAAAAUAUUAACGAAUAUGGUCCGUCCCGCAAACGGCAACGCUUGGACAACGAUUAUGACAUCACGACAAACACGGAAAUUUCAUUUGAUCUCUCAUUUCUCGAUGAUAUCAUGCCCAAUACAAGUCGCAGUCAAAGUCAACAUGCGGAGUCAGAUAAUGGAAUUUAUGUGUCACGUGACUGCGUGCCCAGGCCAUUGGAUAAAGAGGUCAGCAAAUGCCCAGAGAAUAUUUCGCAAACAAUUUCACAAAGAGAAAUAAAAGUAGGAAUAUCACAAGUAAUUGAGGCCUUUUUCAAGAGCGCCAAAAGAACUAAAGAAAUUCCGCUCAUCAAGGAAUGCGACAAAUUUGGAAACACCAUCUUUCAUGCGGCCAUUAUGGAUGAAAAGUCACUAUUGGUCUUCUAUCGUCAUAUGAAGGAUUCGACCCCACAUAAAGAGAUACUCAAAGUUCGCAACCAUUUCCGCCACAAUCUGUUGCACUAUGCCUGCAUUCGCAAUAAGGCCAAUGCCAUCAAGCCUUUGGUGGGAAUCGGAUGUGAUCUUCAGCAACAGGAUUGGCAAGGACGCACACCUUUACAUUUGGCCAUUGAAAAUGCUCACAAGGAAUGCAUUUCAAAGUUUGAACAUUUGCUAGAAAUUUAUCACCAAUAUCCCGAAGAGGUGCAAGAGAAGUUCAUCAAAAUGUUCAAUGUGUACGACCAUCUAGGCCAUACCAUAGUGCAUUCGGCGGUCAAGGCAGGGCUAACGACACUCUUCGAAGCCAUGCUGAAAUUUUGUCAAGCCCACAACAUGGACAUAACACGGCAUGAGAUUUUGGGCAGUGGCGAUUCUGUCAUACAUUUGAUUGCAAAAGGAAAUUUAAUAGACAUGGUACCACUGGUGAAGCAGUACAUUCCCAACUAUUUAACCAUACAAAACUAUGCAGGAGAAAACGUGCCGAAUUUAGUGGAUUUAUCGCAGAUGUCUGAAUUAUUGAAAGUUGAUUGAAGAAGCAAAAAAAAAAAUUUUUUUAUUUUCUUGAAUGUUAUGUAGCAGUACAGAAACUAAAAUCGCAGCAACUGCUUUUUUGUUUUUUUAACUAAAAGCGUUAUUAUGUAGCCUUUCUGCAAACCAAAACCUUUUUACACAGAAAAAAAAUAUUCAAUUAAAAUUUUAACUGAAAAUAAAAAUGUAUUAUUUCAUAAAAACUA